AUGGAGACUUGUGCAUCAAGUGAUGCUCCUAUGACUAAAGGUGACAAACUGUCUAAAAACAAAAAUUCUAAAAAUGGGGGGAAGAUGUCUGAUAUGGAAAGCAAGCCUUAUGCUAGGUUGAUUGGUAGCCUUAUGUUUCAAUACAAUCCUAGCCAUGAACACUGGGUUGCAGGAAAGAAAGUGCUUAGAUAUCUGCAGAAAACAAAAUCUCACAUGUUAGUUUACAGACAAGUUAAAAAGCUUGAACUAGUUGGCUAUAAUGAUUCAGACUUUGCAGGUCAUUAUCCAGAUUCUAAAAAGUCCACAUCUAGUUAUGUCUUCAUGCUUGUAGGAGGGGCUGUUGCAUGGAAAACCAUGAAACAGUCAUUGAUUUCAACCUCCACCAUGCAGGCUGAGUUCAUAGCCAUCUAUGAAGGAGUCUGUGAAGGCUUGUGGAUCAAAAACUUUUUAAUGCAUACUAAAAUAUUGAGUUCAAUUGUUUCAGAUGCACUGAAAAUAUUUUGUGACAAUGAGGCUGUAGUAUUUUUUGGUAAAAACAGUAAAAGAUCAAAUAACUCUAAACACAUAGACUUAAAAUUCUAUAGUGUUAGAGAAAGAGUGAAGCAUUGUGAGAUAAAUGUUUUGAACAUCAAUACUGAGUCACAACUUGCAGACCCUUUCACUAAAGCAUUGUCAGUUACAAGCUUUCAGAAACAUACCAAGAACAUGGGAAUUCUACCAGAUUUGGAGGCUUGA